AGAUUGCAAUAUAUACCUUCUUAACACUUGGUCUGGCUGGGACUCAGUCUGCGUCUCUAACAAGCUGACAACUCUGCUCUGUUAAAGUAGCAUCAGGAUCCUGCAGCUAAGAUGGCUUCUGAGAAGAGACUGUCUGCGAGGCGUAAGCAUACUCUGAAAGGAUGUAUGCUGCUGGUUGCAACUAAUUUGUUGGAGGCUGAAGCAUCGACAAAGGUGGAGGAGAGGGAGAGGUUCCUGGCAGAGAAAUGUCCUCCUCUGGAGCUGCCGUACUCCAGGGAAGAGCUCCUGGAACUUUGCAAGAAACUCCACCAGCAGAUUGACAUCAGUGAGGAGGAGAGAUACUGCAUAGAGUUCAAACUGAACAUGGUUCUGAACGAGGUCAGAGACCUCAACAUAAAGAUCGUGGAUCUGAGGGGAAAGUUCAAGAGACCCCGUCUGAAGAAAGUGCGUAUGUCUGCUGAUGCCAUGCUGAAGGCUCUGCUGGGCUCCAAGCACACGGUCAACAUGGACCUGAGGGCCAACCUGAAGCAGGUCAAGAAGGAGGUGAAAGAGGAGGACAAGCAGCUGCGCGAUGUGGGAGACUGGCGUAAGAACAUUGAAGACAAGUCUGAUAGGAAGAAGAUGUUUGAUAGUUAAAUGUGAUCUGUCAGUGAUGUCAGUGUUGGGCUUAAACGAGCGCUUUUCAGGACAGAAUUCAGGUUUAAUGUCUUUUUGUAAUUGAAGAGUUUUAUUCCAAAGAUGCUCUGUAAAUCUACCUUUUACUUUUAUUGGACAGAUUAGACAUGACUGCUGUGGAGGUUACACUGAUAACCAGUGUAAGUACCUUUGAUCCUUUAUGAACUAAAGGUACACUUCUUAAGAGAGAUGAUAGUAUUUUAGAGCUUCUAGUAUGGCACAGUAAGUGAUGAACGAUAAUCUUCUCAGUUGGUUUACAGGAUUUUAAAAGUGAUUAUAUCUUAACAUAUAAAAUUAAAAUUAUAUUCAAACUUAUACGUUUUAAUUUGGUCUUUAAAAGUCAGUUUUUUACUCAAAUGAAUUAUUUUUCCCCUCCAAGAGUUGAGAGUUGAGUUACGCUGCUUUUACUUUCCAAAUGUAAACCAGAGGUAGAUGAGGCAGGGUUCAGGUAGUUUUUGGAUAUCGUACUUUGGAACAAAACUCUCCAGUCGAAUCAAAGCUUCCUUCUGCUUUUGGCUGCAUUGACACUGUACUGUGAUGUAUUUGUACUGUACGUUAUGUACUGAUGCCAGUAUUAGUACGUGAUGAAUCAAACCUGCUGUUGUUCUGCGAAGGCUGGCUUAUGCUUCUGCCUGAAUUUAGUAAUAAAUUUGUCUCAUUCUCACUCUGACUGCGCCGAUUAUCUGCAUCCAUUCUUGUGGCAUGUUAGGUACACAAUGCUCAGUGGAGAAAGGCCAAUGUUAGCCAAUGGGUUACAUUAGCAUGGUGAGCUAACAAUAAUAGAUGAUGUAAAGCAAAAAACAGUCAUACUGUUAGCAACACCAACUCCUCUGUUACAGAAGUAUAAUUCAGCCUUCAGUCUGUACAGUGAUGUCUAAACAACAUCAUGUCAUGUUUUCUAAACUGUUCAAACACAAAUGUGAUGUACUUUUCUCAUCUUGAUGUCACAUUAAAUACAAAAGCUUCAUGGCCA